AUGCCUGCUGGACAUCGUCGCUGGGCCACACUGCCGCGGCCAUCGUGGGCUAAACCUGGGGACGGGCCCGUUGCUUCCGAUGAUGAGGACGACGAGGGUGUUGAGGGAGGCGUCCGGAUCAGACCCCCGUCUCCCUUGGGCGACAUAGAGGAGAUAGAGGAUGGUAUCCUGGAGAAUCCCGCCGAGACGCUGGAGAAACUGAGAGAUCUUUGGGCUGAGAGGGAGCGGUGUGGUCCUAUAGACCCUUACAUGACCGAUUUCGGACUCGCCAUGAAGGGAGUCGCGUGCAUGGUGGAUGAUAGACCAUUUGGUGGCGCCAAGUACGACCUCGCUUGGGAAGGACUAUUGGAAGCCGGGCUUGGAGACUUCUGUGAGGAAGUUGUAGGGCAAGAAGACUUCUUUGGCGAGCAUCCGUACUGGGUCGAGCCAAUGCUGCAUAUCAUUAGGACCACCGCUUCUUGGUGCACAAAGCGAGACCUCGAGUAUACGUCGCUGCUCGGGGAACAGCUGAGACGCACUGUGUCUUUACUCUGUCGCAACGGACAAUCCCAUUAUGAUCUUUUUAACGACGCAAACAUGGUUCUGGCACUCUACGCACCAGGCAAUCCCGAGUCGUCACAGGACAUGCGCCAGCACAUGCAGAGCAUACUGUUCGGUACUGCCCACUUCUACUUGCACGAAGACAGUGGUUCCGACAUUCGUUUGGAUGCUAUGGACGCGAAGUACUUUAGGGAGAUGUGUCUUCAUCUUUGGCAUUUCCGAGGUGACGAAAACGGCUGGCAAGGAGAUGUCAUGCUCCUACUCGCGUUACAGUCGCUCGGUUCGGCUUCCCUUCAGGACUACAGCCACUUCUUCGACAACGUAGUGCCCAAGGUCAUAGACCCGCACAACUUCCUCGCCGGUGUACGCGAUUACAUGGAACAGACCAAGUUCCCUUACCCAACUUAUCAUGAGAAUCUCGUGAAAGGCCUUCGCGGAGUCCUCUCCACAGAUCCGUAUUGGCCUCAUUACCACUCCUCUGGAUUCCUGACGGGCGUCAAGACUAUGAUCAAUUCGUAUAUCCCCUUCGCCGAUCUUCCUCAGUGGAGAGUCUUAGAGUGUGCACUGGAGCUUCUUGUGACACUGACCGAUGCGGCACCCAUCAAUGAUGCUGCGGGUCCUCUGAUUAGGCAGAUCGAUGUUAUCGAGAUCAUAUCACGCUCUUCUCUUGCCUUUGCUCAGGCUGAAGACGUCAAUAGCGACGACGACGUUUGUGUCAAGAUCAUCAAGAGCUAUACCCGCAUAGCAGCUGCGCUUGGUCUGCGUCCGGGAAAGAAUGCACUCAGGAAGGACUUCCGACAAGCUACGCGGCGUCACUGGUACAGCACCCUGAAGACCCUCCGCGAGAUGCCUUUGCGCGAUAGCAAGACUUCACGGAAGUGCGCGCAGCUUGUUCCGGCUUGGGAGGGUCUUGGAGAGGCCUUGAACCUUGAGGAAGCGAGCGAGCAGGCAGAUUACGAGCGCGAGGUGAAGAGGGUAGCGCAACUAUGUGCAUGGCCUCAGUGCGAGUACCACGAUCAGAAGCCCCCAAACCCUACACGGGCGUGCGUCGGCUGCGGCGAAGCGCGGUACUGCUCGCGAGCGUGCCAGCAGAAGGAUUGGAAAGGGGGGCACAAGCUGAAAUGUGGGAACAGGUUGAAGAGUGUACCUCAUCAACCGCGGCAGGAGUAG